UUGUCCAAGGCCGGUUCAAAACUCGACUCAUUUGGGCUCAGACCGAGCCUGGACUGCCAUUUUAAUGUCUAACCCGGUCCAAGUACGACUCAAAUGAUUAUUUCGGGCUUGAACCCAUCGCCUCAGCAAUUCUCGCUCCACCGUCGGGCUCCACCGCCAGAUCACGUAGCUUCCGAAAAGUCGCUACCGGAAGAAUGACAAUUUUUAGAUUUUCAGACAGUGGCCGCAAGGUGAUGGGUCUCUCGCACCAUUAUAGCCGCAAAGGUCUGCGACGCCAUUUCUUUGCCAACACAAGGUAUGCUCUAUUACUAGGUGCACGGCGGUUUAAUUCUUUGGUUGAGAGAGGAGUAGAUUCGGAGACUAUCAGCUAUACUAUGCUCAUAGAUAGGUUUUCUAAGGAAGGGAUUGUGGAAAAAACAUUUGGGGUUUUGAAGAAGAUGGUUAAUGAUGGAUUGAAACCAAGUUUGGUUACGUAUACUGCAAUUGUAUUGGGGUUCUGCAGAAAAGGGAAAUUAGAUGAGGCUUUUGAUGUGUUUAAGCGGGUCAAGGAUUUGGGUAUUGAAGUGGACGAGUUCAUGUAUGCAACUUUGGUUGAUGGACUUUGUACGAGAGGUGAAUUCGAUAGUGUUUUUCAUUUGCUUGAGGAAAUGGAAGAGAAAGGUAUAAAUCCAAGCGUUGUCACAUACAAUACUUUGAUCAAUGGAUUGUGCAAGUUUGGGAGGACAUCUGAGGCAGGUGAGAUGUCAAAGAAUAUUCCCGGAGAUAUUAUUACCUAUAGCACACUGUUACAUGGGUACAUUGAAGAGGAGAAUAUUUCUGGGAUUAUGGAGAUAAAACUUAGAUUAGAAGAUGCUGGAGUUGGUAUGGACAUUAUAUUGUGCAACAUACUUCUCAAAGCUUUGUUCAUGAUAGGGGCAGUUGAAGAUGCUUAUGCUCUCUUCAAGGAAAUGCCAGGAAUGAAUUUGGUUCCUAAUCCGGUUACUUAUUGUACAAUGAUUGAUGGGAGCUGUAAGACAGGUAGAAUUGACAAGGCACUUGAGAUAUUUGAUGAGUUUAGGAGGACAUCCAUUUCUUCCGUUGCAUGCUAUAAUUCUAUCAUCAAUGGGUUAUGCAAGAAAGAUAUGGUAGAUUUGGCCACUAAGGUUUAUUUUGAACUGAAAGAAAAAGGUUUGACUUUAGAUGCAGGCAUCUGUAUGAUGUUAAUCAAGGCAAUAUUUCGAAAAGAAAGUGCUGAAGGGGUUUUACAUUUUGUUUACGGAGUUGAGCAUCUAGAACCAGAUAUAUAUGGCUAUAUAUUUAAUAAUGCAAUCAGUUUCUUGUGUAAGAAAAAAUUUCCGUUGGCUGCAAGUGAAGUCUACGUUUUGAUUAAGAGGAAAGGGUCCAUUGUGACGUGCAAGUCUUACUAUGCAAUUCUGAAAGGGCUUAUUGGUUGUGGAAAGAAGUGGCUAAGUCUGCCUUUCAUGAGUACCUUUCUGAAAGAAUAUGGCAUUUUUGAAUCCAGGGUAUGCAAGAUAUUACUGUAUUACAUGUGUCUUCAUAGCCAUCAUGGCAAGAAUGCUCUUUGUAGUCUCUAUAAGAUAGGCACUUCUAAUUUAACUUUUCCCGUCUUUGCUUUCAAGGCACUUAUAAGUGAUGGUAAGGUUUUGGAUGUUUAUAGAAUUGUCAUGACAUGUGAAAGUAAUCUGCCUGUCAUGGAUGUGGUUGAUUAUUCUAUCAUUGCAGAUGAGCUCUGCAAGGGAGGAUAUCCACGUGAGGCCUUGGAUCUAUGUACUUUUGCUGAAAAGAAGGGGAUCAUUCUUAACAUUGUCACCUAUAACUCAAUAAUAAAUGGAUUAUGCUGCCAGGAUUGUCUUGUUGAAGCAUUUCGGCUAUUUGAUUCCUUAGCGAGAAAUAAUUUAAUUCCCUCGGAGGUUACUUAUGCAACACUGAUUCACAGUUUAUGCAAGGAAGGAUUUUUGCCAGAUGCCCAUCAGUUGUAUGAGAGGAUGGUCCUCCAGGGCUAUAAACCUAACACACGUGUUUAUAACUCAUUCAUUGACUCUUAUUGCAAGUGUGGUCAAGUGGACGAAGCCUUGAAGCUUCUAAACAUCAUGGAGAUUAAUCGCCUGAACCCUGAUGAAUUUACAGUUAGUUUUGUGAUUAAUGGCUUCUGUCAAAAGAGUGACAUGGAGGCAGCUCUUGAAUUCUUCUCUGAGUACAAGAGGAAAGCCAUUUCUCCUGAUUUCUUAGGUUUUUUGUAUUUGGUAAGAGGUCUAUGCAUCAAGGGAAGAAUGGAAGAGGCUAGGAGUGUCUUGAGAGAGAUGCUUUUGUCACAAUCUGUUGUGACAUUGAUAAAUAGAGUUGAUGCAGAGGUUGAAACUGAGUCAGUGGAAAGCAUACUUGUCUUUUUAUGUGAGCAAGGUAGUAUCAAAGAAGCUCUUGGAGUCCUAAAUGAAAUUGCGUCCAUGUUCUUCCCAGUUCAGAAAUAUAAUGCUUAUAAUGUUUCAGAUGAUAUUCACAAGCAUUAUGAAUCAAUGGUGGGAAGUGGUGAUAGUGUAGAGGAAACAUCUAGAUUUAACUACCUUGACUACUAUUCCCUAAUUACUUCAUUCUGUGCAAGGGGAGAGGUACGGAAGGCUAAUAGCUUAGCAAAGGAAAUGCUUUCUAGUUUGAAAGGAGAGCAGUAAUAUGAUUACAUACGUUUGGCACUUUUUUUACCGACACUUACACCAUCAUAAUGAUGAAGCAUGUGGCUUCUGCCUGCAAGUAUGGCUUAUUGCACUGUCUCCAUCCUGAUUUUUCAAUUAAUAUGACGUUUUGUGACCUUUAUGCCUUCCCAGCUUGUUAUCAGUCUUAAGGAGGUUUCAGUUAGCGCUUUCUAAGAACAGGAAGAAAGAGAAUCUGUUUGCAAAUCGGGU